AUGGCUUCAUCGUUUCACAAUGAUCAGACGGAACCAGAAGAAAAACUUGGUCAAGUAGCUCAAGAUGCAGUGCAGACAAAUCUCCAAAGUGGUCAACCAACUGAACCAAGCAGUACAAAUACCUCUGAAGAUAACAGUUUUAACGAAAUCUAUUUGGGCUGUCCUGCCAAUAUUAGCGAUACAACUUCGAAUGAUCAUCAUCUAUCGCUGCAAGCACGCAUGGCGCUAAGUGCAGUUAGCGGAGCCUUAAGUCAAGUUAAGAAACGUGUCGUUUCAGCCGGCGAUGACAUCAAUGAUACUACUAGCUCCAAUUCUGACAAUUUAUUAGCCGAGAGUAGUAGCUGUCCUGUAUCGGAAUCUGUAUCACCAACUAGUGUGCCACAACGUAAGCUACAAAUCUGA